AUGUUCAAGAUUGUUUGCAUUUUCGCCAUCCUGGCCGUUGCUUCCGUGUCGGCGAAGGCUGAUCCUAAGCCAGGUGUGCUGACGUACGCCGCGCCAGCCGCCUAUGUCGCCGAGGGUUCCGCCGUUUACGAACGGACCUUCCACGGUAAUGCUGCCCCUCUUGCCUACGCCGCGUAUGCCGCCCCGUACCCUUAUGCCGCUCCAUUGGCCUAUUCAUCCCCGUAUUUUGCGGCCGCUCCGGCACAGGUGCUGUUGAAGUAG